CAGAAUACGCCGCCCACACAGGUCCCGUUGUUGCUUUGCAUCCAUCUUCGGCCUCAACUCCACCUCUCCCACCAUCAGGACCAUGGCUGCCGUACCGCCGGAAGGAAAAAGCCCCAAGCCGGGGCUGAACAUCUACACUUGCCGGGCCGUCAACCCCUACAAGCUGAGCAUCGCUGUGGAGGAGCUUGGCAUCCCUUGCCACUACAUCCCCAUGGAUCUGACCGCUGAUGAGCACAAGGCUGACUGGUAUCUGGCCAUCAACCCAAACGGGCGCGUGCCCGCGAUCGUUCACGUCAAAGAGGAUGGCAGCAAGGAAGUCAUUUUCGAGACUGCCGCCUGCCUGCUGUACCUUGCCCACGAGUUCGACAAGGAGCACAAGAUCUCGUACCCGCACGGUACCCCGGAGUACUGGACACAAGUCUCCUGGCUGUCGUGGCAGGUCGCGAGCUACGGCCCGAUGAUGGGUCAGGCCGUCCACUUCAAUCGGUACGCAGUCGAGCCGGUGCCGUACGGUGUUUGGCGCUAUACGUCGGAAUGCCGACGCCUCCACCAUGUCCUGAAUGAGCAGCUGGCUAAGCACCCAUUCAUUACCGGCGACCGUCUUAACAUUGCCGACAUCGCCAUCUUCAUCUUCGUGGCCUCCAGCAAGUGGUGUGGCCUGGACGUCGACGAGUUCCCCCACCUCGCAGCGUGGAGGGACAAGCUGCUGAAACGGCCCCAGUUCCAGAAGGGACUGAUCACGCCUGAACCCUUCAUCUUCACGGACGAGUAUGUGACCAAGCCCGAGAACCAAGAGAUAUACAAAACAAUCCGGAAGCUUGGCGGCCAGUGGAUCAAGCAGUCGUCCGAUCGGUGGUCCAAGGGGUCGCCGGUAUCGCUGCCUUCUGACUUCGCCAACUAUGCCUAGGCGGGACGUGACGGCUCAGUUGCGUGUGAUUGGAUCUCAGCGGAAGUGGAUUGGCCGGAGUCAACCUUGGAAGGGUGCCUUCGGUAUUUUGUGCAUAGCCCUGAGUGCUACUGCCUAGACCGUUCGGGCUGGAAAUGUGAAACGAGCGUGGAUCUCAUCUUGAGGCUUUUACAGUCUGCAGUUUUCCAAACAACCAUCAGACAAGCGGCGAAAAGACUUUGUAGGUCAGCUGGCCCUGCUCAGGCGCUGUUGACAACUGCGAGGUGAAUUCCAGGAAUUCCUGCCGCUUGCUUC